AUGAAUGCUUCCAAAAGGCAGCUCAGAUGUUUUGUUUGUUUGCGUUGCCUCCCUUUAAACAAUUAAACCCACCGCGUAACACAACCAUUUGAACCGAUUCGUCUCAUCUUUGAAGACCUCAACGCGAAGUUUCUCUUUGCUUUUGCUUGCUUUCUCUUUACGAACAUGGCCCGUGUGUUCUUCCCAUGACCUCGCUCUUCCUCAACAAUUCUGCAAACACAAUAUUAUUUGAUUCUCUAUUAAGAAUUUCACUCUUUGAAGUGUUUUCUUUCCUUCUAUAUUUCUGAUAAUUUGUUAUCCAGUGUUUUCUGAUAUUGAAUGGCAAUAUUGGAGUCGCCGGAGAACGGAGGUGCCACAGCGACCACAAUGACUGGUCACUUGAACGAAUCGUCGGAUAAUUUGUCGCUUCGGAGCAGGCCUAGUGCCAGCUUAAAUACGACUGCGACUGAUUCUAGUUCCAAGACAAGUUCGUCGGAGGCCGACUAUUUGGAAGGAGAUUCGAGUACAGGCGAAGGUGACGCCAAAAACGGAUGCCAGGAAGGGCAUGAUCGUGGGGAUGGUGCAGUGAACGCGGAGAGGAUUGACAAUCAUGAGAACCGAGUAGGAUCGGAUGCGAGAUUCACGUAUCGACCGUCGGUACCGGCUCAUCGCAGAAUAAAGGAAAGCCCGCUUAGCUCGGAUGCAAUCUUCAAACAGAGUCAUGCAGGUCUCUUCAAUCUCUGUAUAGUAGUUCUUGUUGCUGUGAACAGCAGGCUGAUCAUCGAAAAUCUAAUGAAGUAUGGAUGGUUAAUAAGGACUGGGUUUUGGUUCAGCUCAAGAUCAUUGAGAGACUGGCCUCUUUUUAUGUGUUGCCUCACUCUACCAAUAUUCCCUCUUGCUGCUUUUCUGUUUGAGAAGUUGGCUCAAAAAAAUUUAAUAUCUGAACCUGUGGUUGUUUUACUUCAUGUGCUAAACACUACAGCUGCUGUUUUAUAUCCUGUUUAUGUGAUUCUAAGGUGUGAUUCUGUCUUUAUGUCUGGGGUAACAUUGAUGCUCUUUGCAUGUAUUGUGUGGUUAAAGUUGGUAUCUUAUGCUCAUACCAACUAUGAUAUGAGAGCCCUUGCCAAGUCUGUUGAAAAGGGGGAAAUGCCAUCAAGCUCUCUGAACAUGGAUUACUCAAAUGAUGUCAAUAUCAAGAGUUUGGCAUAUUUUAUUGUUGCCCCCACAUUAUGUUACCAGAUUAGCUAUCCUCGUACACCAUAUGUUCGCAAGGGUUGGGUGGUUCGUCAAUUUGUCAAGUUGAUAAUAUUUACUGGACUUAUGGGAUUUAUAAUUGAACAAUAUAUCAAUCCUAUUGUCCAGAAUUCACAACACCCUUUGAAAGGGAACCUUUUAUAUGCCGUUGAGAGAGUUUUGAAGCUUUCAGUCCCGAACCUCUAUGUUUGGCUCUGCAUGUUCUACUGCUUUUUUCAUCUUUGGUUAAACAUACUUGCUGAACUUCUUUGUUUUGGUGAUCGUGAGUUCUACAAGGAUUGGUGGAAUGCUAAAACUGUUGAGGAAUACUGGAGAAUGUGGAAUAUGCCGGUUCAUAAGUGGAUAGUUCGUCAUAUCUAUUUUCCAUGCUUAAGGAAUGGGAUAUCCAAGGGUGUUGCUUUCGUCAUUGCCUUCUUAGUUUCUGCCGUCUUCCACGAGCUAUGCAUUGCUGUACCCUGUCACAUCUUCAAGUUAUGGGCUUUCUUUGGAAUAAUGUUUCAGGUUCCCUUGGUGUUGAUCACAAGUUAUCUGCAAAAUAAGCUCAGAAGCUCAAUGGUGGGAAAUAUGAUGUUCUGGUUCUUUUUCUGCAUUCUCGGUCAACCUAUGUGUGUACUUCUAUAUUACCAUGACCUGAUGAAUCGCACUGAGAAGAUGGAAUAGAGAGAAGUUCUAUGUCUGACCUGCAAGAUAGAACACCGGUGAGUAUACUGCUAUUUUUCACUACCUGGUAGCCUUGUUGACACGCAGCAAGGUUCUGUGUUCUAUUACAUUUCAUUUCCAUGUAUAGUGCCGCCUCCUGCUGUGAUACAUUCAUGAUGAAUAUACGCUGUUCCUUCGACAGCCAGAUUUUGACAAUUUACUCAUGUACAAGCAAUUUUGAUCUGCUAAUUUACUA